UGCUAGCAUCAUUCACUCAGUGUUCGUUGUUCUCGUCUGCUCUGAGUGUUGGUGUUUUUCGAGGUUACAAAGAACACGUGUGAGCCGGUUAACAAAUCUGUCAAAAUGGAAAAAAAUAGCAAAAAAGAUCGUAAAAUUCUCAUGAGAGAACACGGCAUUCCCAAUACUUUCGAAUUUGCUAACCUUCUCGAUGGAUCGUCUGUAUGGUCAUUUGAAAAGUUUAAAAAGGGUUUUUCUGUUAAAAUUGUCAGAGAAACUCCUGAUAAAUUCGAAUUGGAGUUUGAUUUGAUUGGGUGUAAUGCUGCUUUGGCCAAUGCUUUUAGGAGAAUACUCCUCAGCGAAGUGCCAACAAUAGCAAUAGAAAAAGUGUAUAUGUUUAAUAACACCAGCAUCAUACAGGAUGAAGUACUUUCUCAUAGAUUGGGUUUGAUACCAUUAAAAGCUCAUCCUAAGUUACUUGAAUGGCCUGCUGGCGAAUGGAAGCAAGACGAAGUUGAUCAACAAUCUACUUUGAGCUUUGAAUUAAAAGUUACUUGUAAAAGAAAUCCACAAGCUCCCAAAGACGCAAGAAGACCAAGUGACAUUUACUUACAUCACAAUGUUUACAGCAGUGACAUCAAAUGGGUACCACUUGGAGAGCAACAUUUGCUACAUCCUGAUGGAGCAAAGAAGUUUGGUCCAAUUCAUGAUGAUAUUUUAAUUGCUAAAAUGAGACCAGGGCAUGAAAUCCACGCACAAUUAUAUGCUGUUAAAGGAAUAGGCAAAGAUCAUGCUAAAUUCUCACCAGUUGCAACUGCUGCGUACAGACUUUUACCUGACAUAGAGAUAGUCAAGGAAGUUACAGGAGAGGCUGCUGAAAGACUGCAAUCAUGUUUUAGUCCUGGAGUUAUUGAUGUAAAAGUUUCUCAGGGAAUUAAAAAAGCAGUAGUAAAAGAUGCUAGAUAUGAAAGUUGCUCCAGAAACUUUUUCAGACACGAUGAUUUGAAGGAUUGCAUUAAGCUAUCAAGGGUCGCUGAUCACUUCAUUUUUACUGUUGAAUCGGUUGGAGCAUUGCCCUCUUCCACCAUAUUUAUUGAAGCUGUUGAAGUUUUGAAGGAGAAGUGUAAAACAUUUUUAAGCGAGUUAGAAGAGAUAGCCUAAUUGUUAUUUUAUUUAUUUUAUUCUUUUGUAAAUAAAACGACCGUAUUUUUUU